CAGUAUGUUGGUCAUAUUGAAAUAACAUGGAAGUUAGUUAUUUAGUUAUAUUUAUUCGUAGUGUUUUUAUAAGAUCACUUUAUCUGAUACGAAUCUACUCUUGAUUCUGAUUCUGAGUUUCUUGUCUCGGAUUUGGGUACGAACUUCAUGCCAGCUGACUUCUGCGUGUCCCAGCCCACCUAGUGCAGCGUCGUUCAUAAUGGCAUCCCCUACUGGAGGUGUGAAGCCCAUCCCAAUUGAGGGCCGGUUAGCGAGGGAAAGAGAGAGGUUAAUGGGUAUGACCGAAGCGGAAAGACAAUGGAGAAUGAAGUGGCUUAAGGAUCAGGAAUUAGCACCAAAUGAACCAAGAGUUGUUCCAGAGAUUCGGAAAGAACUGAUGAAUCCUAUUCGUAGACUUUAUAGACUUCCGUUGGAUACUGCUUUCAGAGCAUUAGAACCAGUAAUGGGGGAGCGUCGAGCUCAAAUUGCCCGUUAUGCCACGGGAAAAGUUUUGAUUACCCUCUUUGGUGUUUAUGCUCUUACGUACUACUUCAAAUACAAUGCAAAUGAUUGGACUAGGAGAGGUGGUUGGAGAGUACUUACUUCCUCGAAAUCGGUGCUGCCUGGCGACUCCAGGUUUCCAAAGGAAUCUGAUCGUGUUUUACCUUCAGAUUACGCAUCUCGUGGAUUCAAAAACUCUCCAAUAUAAUUGGGGAAGAGGAAUAGUGUUAUAACUACAAUGUAAAAUUCUAGAAUGUACUGACAAAUGCUAAUUAGAUAUAAUUAAAGUUUACACAUUAACUAUUUAUUUUUUAUUUAAACAACUACAAUUAUAUUUGUUCACUUGGUUGGUGGCCAUUUCCACUGGUUAGCUGGAGCUUCUUUCACGAGUGUUUCCCAAGGUUUCCAGCCCAACAUCUUUCGUGCCAGAAUUAAUUCAUUUUCUGCUUGAACAAUAAGCUCUUCGACUUGCCCGCAACCAAUUUUGUUUUCAAGUUCUGUUACAUCUGGUGUCUAAAAAAUUAAAAAAACAAAGUUAUUCUGCUAAAAAUGCAUUUAAAAAACCUUCAGACCACACAAAGUUGAAUUAUACAAACGUAUGAGAAAUUCAAUAAGGAUAGUCAAUUUUGAACUUUUAUAUCAGUGUUGUACAUAGUUUGCAAAACAUAUUGACUGAAUAUUGUAGCAGUCAAAAGUUAGACUCAGAUUUUAUUCCUCCAGUGAAUCCACAAUGUAUGUCUUUUACAAAAACCUUCUUACAAAUUCAGUCUCUGAAAAUAGUUUUUAAAAAAGUCCAAAAAGAGAAAUGUAUAACAAAUAUAAUUGCUCACCACAAAUUAAAAUGUAAAUAAAAUUUGGAAUAUAUGAAGCCACUCAGUACAUCAUUACCUGGCAUCAAUACACAGAAAAAGUGACAAUGUGAACCCCUGAAGUUGGGGUUUCUUUUCACAUGCACAUUACUAUGCUUUACCGUUAAUAAUAAUGAGGCCAAACUGUGCAAUGUAAUUAGCAAGGGGGGGGGGAGAUCUAGAAUGACAAUUUUAAUACAAAUAUGUUCCUAAGUUUACUUGCGAUUACCACACAGUCAGAAAUAAUAAUUCAAUAAACAAAAAGUAAAACUACUUUCCAUAACACAGUCAAUUAUUUAAAAGAAUACAGUGUUACUUUUAACUUCAUACUUAUCAUUAUUCCUUCACACAGACUCGAAUGGUAGUGACAUUCUUAAUUACUCUGUAAGAAUUACAUAACUAACAUCAGACUUACACUCUUUACAAUUUGGCAUCGUUCAUUAACGAUUUCUUCUGUAUAUUUUUUAUAUGCAGAUUCUGCAGGCAUCUUCUGAAGUGCUCUUAAUAUUUUACCAUAAAGUACAUUGAGAGUAUGGUGAGGAUUAGUUGAAACAGCCAAGCCAGUCAAUCCAGUGGUCUUUUUAAGUACUCCUGAUGCCAUAACGAUUGGCACUUAAUUCAAUCUAAAGAAGUUCUAUUAUUUUGAACCUUAAUUCUGCAAAAUAUUGUUGUACUAUUAAUACGAAAAAUAUAUCCUACAAAAGAAAUACAUCCAACUUCAUUUCUACGUAAGAUCAACCAAAAUAGUAUCUAAUACUAAUUAAAUUUAAUUUUAACUUUCAGGAAACAAAACUGUUGUGUAUAGUAUUCAUGCAUGCAAAUAUAUAAAAAUCGUAACCGAUUUCGAUGAUGGUCGUCAACACUGAGCGUCGUCAGAGUAUCAGCUGUUGAAAAGUCAGAGAAUAUAGAUGAUCUCCAGACAUGCUAAAUACAGCCUACUAUUGCUUCACUGACGUGCCGCCCAGAGAGAAUAUUACGCCGCCUUCCACGCCAGAGAGUAUUUCCACGCUAAGGCUGUUUGACGAUAUGUUUAUUCUCUUACUGGAGGCAUGGUGGAAGAUCCGAAGAUCC